AUUUUCACCGACGAAUCUCACUGCUAAUGUCGUCGCCGUCUAGAUCUUCCGGCGAAGAGCCACUGACUAAGAAGACGAAGAGGACGACUCCGUCGCCGGAACUCUCACAUACGCGGCGGCGGCGGCAAUCGAGCCCGAUUCCGUCACUUCCUAAUGACUUGCUGUUGAGCUGCUUCGCACGCAUCUCUAGAUUGUAUUACCCGACUCUCUCCCUCGUCUCCAAGAGCUUUCGAUGUCUCCUUUCUUCGCCUGAGUUUCACCAGACCCGAUCCCUCUCAGGCCGCACCGAGAGUUGUCUCUAUGUGUGCUUACUCGACUCUAACCCUCGCUGGUUCACUCUCUUUCAGAAACCUAAGCGAAACAAGGAGAAGAAUUCAAGUGGCAAACUUUUGGCCCCAAUCCCAAUUCCAAAAUCCCCUGAAGUUCAAUGGCAAUGUGUUGUUUCAAUUGGUUCUAACAUCUACGCCAUUGGAGGACAAGUCAGAGGCUUUCCCUCUUCCGACAUAUGGGUUUUAGAUUGCCAUUGUCACGCUUGGCGCAAAGCUCCAAGCAUGCGUGUGGAGCGAGAUUCUCCAGCAGCCAAUGUCUUUGAUGGAAAGAUAUAUGUAGCAGGAGGCUGCAAAGACUACGAUUCCUCUACUUGAAUGGAGAUUUUCGAUCCAAAGACACAAACUUGGGAGCCUGUGAUGUGCCCUCUUGCAGAUAAAUGUAUCAGUAGUAUAUGCAGGAGCGCAGUGAUUGAAGGAGUAAUCAUUACAUUUUUAGGAUUCUAUUACACGUUUAGGGAUAAGGGUGUGGCUUACAAGCCAAAGGAAGACAAAUGGGAAGUGAUAGGAGGAGUGUCUUUGGUUUUAGGAUGGGAUCAUUAUUAUUGUGUGAUCGAUAACGUACUUUAUUGUUAUGCUAUCAAAUGGUAUGAUUCUAAGAGACAUUACUGGGUGAAUAUGAAAGGUUUGAGAGGACGGCUUGAAUUUCCUAGUUAUGGCUGUGUUAAACUGGCGGAUUAUGGUGGGAAGCUUGCUGUUUUGUGGACUCAGUUCUUUCGUUCUGGCGGCUGCAAUAAGAAGAGGAUUUGGUGUGCUGUGAUUGUGCUUGAAAGACGCAGCAGUGAGGAGAUUUGGGGAACGGUUGAGUGGCAUGAUCAUGUUCUUACAGUCCCCAACUCAUAUAGACUCGAGUUUGGUCUUGCUGCUACUGUUUGA